GGGAGCCGAGCGGCGGCCGAUCGCCCCAAACAGUUGAAAGCCCUGAACUUGUGUGGCGGCCGCGGACGUUAUUUAUCGGGGAGUCACUCGGUGCCUGUGAGGCUCUGGCCCGGGGGGGAACUGUAAGAUUCAUCGAUGACCUUAUCGACAUCAGGAUUCUCUUCCAAAAUGGACGUUUUGUUCUAUUCAAAUAUUGACAUUAACUAAUGAAGGAGCUUAAACCGUAAUAAAGUGUGCUAUCACCUAUCUGUCAGCUGAUUAUGGGUGGUUCACUUUCUCCCGUUGCUUGUGCUUCUGAAACUCAUGAGGAUAAAAGAAAAAAGCCACUUUUAUAUAACAUCCCAAAGUAUUUCACGGCCAGAUGAAGUGAAGUGAAUUCUUGAAGUGCAGUCACCAUUUCAAAAAGGUGUGAAAUUUCUGGCAAUGACACCAUUCUAACCAAUAUACUUCAUAAUCCUGAGUGAAGACAACAUUCCCCAGAUAAUUGGGAUUCACAGACUACAAAGGGCAACCAUUGAGGGGCUGCCAGUAGAAUGUUUGUUUCUAUUUAUUCUCGCGAAGUGGGCAACAUUGGCAUUUAUUACUCAUCCCUGGGCUUUUUGGAAUUGCAGCAGCAAGGAAUUCUGACCAACAGUGAAGGGCUGGCAAUACAUGCCCUAGUCAAGUUGAUGUGUGUCUUAAUGAAUUUUCCACAACAUUAUUCCUCAUGCCCUUCUCAGCUGGAGAAGUUGAAGGGAGGAAGAUUCUUAUUGGAGUAACCUUGGAGAAGCCCUGAAGUUCCCUGUGGCAUCUAGAUUCAAAACGGCAGAGAAGCUGGCGAUGUCAAGGGUGCCAACUCCCCCUCCACCUGGAGAGAUGUCUAGUGGACCUGUGGCAGAGAGUUGGUGUUACACACAGGUAAAAGUGGUAAAGUUCUCCUACAUGUGGACCAUCAAUAACUUUAGCUUUUGUCGAGAAGAAAUGGGUGAAGUGUUAAAGAGUUCAACUUUCUCAUCUGGGCCAAAUGAUAAAAUGAAGUGGUGCCUCAGAGUAAACCCAAAGGGUUUAGAUGAAGAAAGCAAAGACUACCUUUCCUUAUACUUGCUUUUAGUUAGUUGUCCCAAAAGUGAAGUUCGAGCGAAGUUUAAAUUCUCAUUAUUGAAUGCAAAAAGGGAAGAAACAAAAGCUAUGGAAAGUCAAAGGGCAUACCGAUUUGUCCAGGGCAAGGACUGGGGUUUCAAGAAGUUUAUCCGUAGAGACUUUCUUCUAGAUGAAGCAAAUGGUCUUCUUCCAGAUGAUAAACUUACCCUGUUCUGUGAAGUGAGUGUAGUUCAAGACUCUGUUAAUAUAUCCGGCCAAUCAAACAUGAAUACAUUAAAGGUUCCAGAAUGUCGGCUGGCAGAUGAUUUGGGGAAUCUAUUGGAAAGUUCUAGAUUCACAGACUGCUCCCUUUAUGUGGGAGGACAAGAAUUCAAAGCUCACAAAUCAAUUUUAGCAGCUCGAUCGCCUGUUUUUAAUGCAAUGUUUGAACAUGAAAUGGAAGAAAGCAAGAAGAACAGAGUAGAAAUAAAUGAUGUAGAUCCUGAAGUGUUUAAAGAAAUGAUGAGAUUUAUCUAUACAGGAAAAGCACCAAACCUCGAUAAAAUGGCUGACAAUCUGUUGGCAGCUGCAGACAAAUACGCACUAGAUCGUCUAAAGGUUAUGUGUGAAGAAACCUUGUGUAGUAACCUCUCAGUUGAAAAUGUUGCAGAAAUUCUCAUUCUUGCAGAUUUGCACAGUGCAGAGCAGCUGAAAGCACAAGCAAUAGACUUCAUUAACAGGUGCAGUGUUCUCCGACAACUUGGGUGUAAGGACGGAAAAAACUGGAGUAACAACCAUGCCACAGAUGUGAUGGAGACAGAAGGCUGGAAGUCGAUGAUCCACUCCCACCCUCACUUAGUUGCAGAGGCCUUCCGAGCUUUGGCGACUGCACAGUGCCCACCAUUUGGUAUUCCACGCAAACGGUUAAAACAGUCAUAAUUGCGCUAGAGGACUCUAGGUACUAAUCUCGCUACUGACUCUUUGCGUAAAGGUAUUUCUGCCUUGCACCCAUACAGGAUGACGUCCUCAUCAUUUGCAUACAGAGGUCACACCUGAACUUUAACCGUCUUUAAUUGCUCUGCUGAAGGAUGUGUUCCAGUAUGGUCUUCAGCUUUAAAUUAGUUUACAUGCUUUUCUCUCAGCCACUUAAACAGCCUUAAAUGAUUUUCAUCCUUCCUGUUCAGUUCACGUAUUUUUUUAAGUUUCUUUUAAUUUUUUUAAAUUAAUGUGUGCCUUGUCAUUAGACUAGGCUGUGCAGAAUUGCAUUAGCAACCAUAAUGCAGAGCCUUCUAUUGAAUAGUUGGGAAACAUAAAAUAAGCCUUUAAUACCUUUCUCUAUGUAUACCCUUCAUCCAAAAUUAUGAUUGAUUUUCAAGGAAAUUAAUCAUUAAUCUAUCUAACCUUAAUUGGCCAGAGAUUAGAGCAGUAAACUAUAUCUGCAAUCACCCUUCACUCUUGCAUGUGAAUUGUUGCAUCUUCUCGACCCAGAUUUGUAUUAUGGAUGCUGUUGAAAUUCUGUGUUGCAGCCUGAAAGGGAUGUACCAUUCAAUAGCACAUGUCCUUAAUGGGCCAGUGGUAUAUGAAGUACAUGGUUGGUUUGUGAACCACCAUUUUCUUUUUCAGUGUUUGUACACCUUGUUUACAGUUUGGAAUUUCUACUGUACAGAUUUUUUUUGAGGGUUAAAUUCACAUUUUUGGCAUAAAUGUUAAAGACCUUUGUUACAAUUGUGUGAAAAUGGUUUGUAAUGUUCAGCAACCUUCUAGAACUUGAGAUCACAUCAUAGCUAAAGUCAAAACACUAUAACUUUAUGAUACCGAUGGACCCAAAACAAUGGAAUAGUUCAAUGGAACCUCAGCGCAACACAGCUAAACUUGAAUAAUGGAAGAGCAUAUCUGAAGACUAUCCAUUUGAAACUCCUUAUAAAGAUAUUAAGACACUGAAGGUCACGUGAUCAAAUUAGUUUUCCCAAAUAUGCUUACGAUGUUUCUAUCCCUUUAACAAUUAAAAGAAAUUUCUUGCCAAUUUUCUCCUCCACCCUCGUCUCCUGAAGGUGCUGAUUCUUUGGGAUCCAGUUCCGGGGCGCCGGUCGCCCUCCAGUAUCUCAUCCAAAUGGCUGUUAUUCACGUGUGAGUGUCAUACGGGUAUUUAACCGCAGGGGACAUCACAGAGAAGCCUAAUGCUAUCCUCACCUGACAUCCACACGUGCACUUCCAGUGGGGCUGUUGGAUAGCGAUCAGAUGUGAGAACCCUGGGUGAUUUUCCAUUUCCCUACCCCAGCAUGCGCUUAGACCAUUGAAGCAUCCUUACUGAUGCCCCAGCUAAGAUCACCGAACUCAGCACAGACUAGGGAUCAAAACUGCGAUCUUCCAGCUGCUCACUGGAUAAACAUGCUGAGCCACCGGGGACGGUAUCCCUUUUAAGAAUGAAUAGGUAUUGUUAUCAAGUCAUUUGUCUGAGACACUGUGCUAAGGUAACACUGUAGAUUUUGUAGAAAACUCCAAGUUUCUGGACAAUGAUUUUGCAAUGCCACAAAUUGACGUUACAUGGCAAUUGAUUUGCUUAUGUUUUGCUAUUUUAUUUAUUAUGCAUCAAUAUAUUUCAUAAAGCUUAUGUUAGGUUAAAGAAACUUUGUAAGACUUUAUAAAUGCAAUUGAAUGCACUAAUUUGUAUCAGCGUUCAUUUCUGUAGACUAUUGUUUUGUGAAAAUCAUUUUUUUGUUAGACAAGAGAACUCAAAUAUUUUUUAAAAUGGAAGUUAAAGAAGCUGAUGGGUUUAAGUUAUCAAUGUAUCUGUUUACUGUCAUAUCACAAAUUCAAAGUAUGGUUGCAUGAACUACACACCAUUAAAAUUUGAAUAAAAAACUUAAAAUGAGUUUUGAAAUGGUUGUUUAAAAGUAAUUGACAUUAAUGUUUAAUGCUUCUGCUGAGCAGUUUGAAUACAAUAAUCUGUUUUAAAUUAGUAAAACAUAUUUUGUACUUAUUUGCUGAAGUGGUUAUUUCAGGCACAUCAAAAUGAAAUAAUGUUGCUUUCUAAUAUUUUUAUUCCUAAUCAUUUAAGUACUACUACUCUCCACCCCAUCCCUUUCAUCUGGGAGAACAACAAUAUUCUGGGCUGUGGAUUGCUCCAUGGUUGACAGUGGUACAACACUGCAAGAUGGGAGUUAUCUUCAUGUAGGGCAGAACAUCGGUCAUCCAUUUUGAGUUCCUUUCUUUCGUCAUUUCUUAUUCCCAGCUCAAAAAGAGGUGCUCCAUCUAGUGACUGAGCCAAGAACUGACAACUUUCCCAAUUGCAAGUAAGCAAAUUCCAGAGACUAGCGGCUUGAUUUUGAAAGGGGUUGGUGCACCAUCAGAUUCUGGAAGCAUGCAGGCUCUGUCAAUCCUAAUUGCAGGGCUUCCUUUCAUUAAAAGCUGCUGGCAGUCCGCCCAAAGAUAGAAAGUGGGAGCAGGAAAUGGCAGCAAAGGCUGCAAUCAAAGGCGCGUGGAAAUGGUCAGUGGAAGCAAAGACUCUAAUCGAUUGGGAGGGGGGGGCCAGAGGAGCCAGCGAUCGGAAGAAGGCCAGGCUAGGAAGACUCGGACUCUUGGGGAGUAUUCCUGUCCUAUCUGGUCCAAAAGGAGUUCUGAGAAAAAUAAUUUUGAAAAAAAUUAUCUCGGAUUUCUUUUGGCUAUUUGGCACCUCCCACCUUGCUUUUGUUCCUAUACUGUAGACAGCGCAAGACUCUCCAAAACUUGAAGUAAAGGUUUUGUUAUGAUGCCAAUGAUAUCAGGCUGCCAUUCUUGAAUAUUAAGUUGACUCCUGCCUACUUUUAGUAGGAUCCUUGAUGCUGCCAUAAGUCCGUCAUAACCGUUUAUGGAGGCUGGGAAUAUAGCAAAUUGGAGCCAGAAGCUAGAAUUUUCUAAUUUUAAUCCCUCCUGCACACUGCUGUCAUUGGGCAAAGGAGGGGUUAAAAAUUUGGCCUGGGUUUCAAACCAUGGCCACUUUAAUUUGGCCACAUUAUUUGGCACUCUAGUGUUCUACUGCUAGAGCUUACCAGUCUAUUCAGUGUUGUGUGAUUGGUUGUUUUCUUUCUAAAGAGGUUCUAUUGUGAUUGCUAAUUAAAAUUAAACUUGUGAAAUA